AUGCACACGACCCGGGCCAUGCGGCGGCUCAAGCCGGACCCAGUGCCCGACGAACUGGUCCACCGGAUCCUGGAGGCCGGGCAGUGGGCCGCCAAUGGCGGAGCCAACCAGCGGUGGCGGUUCAUGGUGGUGAAGGACCGCAGCAUCAAGGAGCAGGUGCAGAAGUGGUACCAAAAGGCGUUUGACGAGGUGGUGGGGCCGCGCUACCUGGGCAGCGAGCCGCCUCCCGGUUCCAGCCCCAGCCGGUAUCGCCGGCAGCACGGCGCGGUGGAGUACCUGACCGCGCACUACCACGAGGCUCCGAUCUGGAUCGUGGCCUGCCAGGACGACGGGCAAGAGCCGCCGACACGAUCAGCCGGGGCGUCGAUCUAUCCGGCGGUCCAGAACAUGCUGCUGGCCGCGCGCGCCCUGGGGCUCGGCGCGACGCUCACCAGCCGGCACCUGCGCCACGAGAAAGAGGUCGAGGAUAUCCUGGGCCUGCCGCCGGGCGUGCACUCCUAUGCCAUCCUGCCCAUCGGCUACCCCAUGGGCAACUUCGGGCCGGUGCGCCGGGGCCCGCUGUCGGACGUGGUGUAUCUGGACAAGUGGGGCGAGCAGUACCUGGACGAGUAG